CCGAAAAGGAUCAAUGAAGAUCUGGCCUCUUCCUGUCCCAGAACAACCAUGGCAAGUGGUUAGCCUGGACUUCAUCACCGGGUUACCACCUACCACCAGCGGUCAUGGCGCCAUCCUUGUCGUCAUCGACAAAUUCUCCAAAAUGGGACACUUCAUCCCGACACACACGACAGCACGCACCGAAGAAACAGCACAACUCUUCGUUCGAUACAUCAUCUCACAACAUGGCAUUCCAACCACACUCAUCUCCGACCGAGACCCUAAGUUCACCAGCAAGUUCUGGAAGGAACUUAUGUCUCUCCUCGGAACAAAACUCGCCAUGUCAUCUGCUUACCACCCGCAGACAGACGGACACACCGAGCGCCUCAACCAAAUUGUUAAGCAACUCCUCCGAGCAGCCUACAAGGACGAGAUCUCCAAAUGGGGCUUGCACCUGCCCGUUCUAGAGUUUGCUUACAACAACGCUACACAUGCCGCUACGGGUCAGACGCCGUUCUUCCUCUGCUACGGACGCCACCCACUCACACCAAAAAAACCGACAACAUCAGCUACAGUCCAACCUGCGCAUGAUUUUAUCACAACCAUGCAUCAGCUUUGGGAUCGGACCCACAAGCGCCUCCUCGACAUUCAACAGCAACAGAAGCGCCAGGCCGAUCGCCAUCACAACGACCACACCAUUACCGUGGGAGACCAGGUGCUCCUUGACACCCGCAACCUUGACAUCAGCCAACUUCCAUUCAAACUUCGACCUCGCUUCUGCGGGCCUUUUCUCGUUGAAGCACAGGUCACUCCUGUUACCUUCCGCUUACGCCUGCCAGCUACCUGGAAGAUUCACAACGCCUUCCAUGUCCAACUUCUGAAGCCCUAUCGGGAUCCGAACACGAUCUUCGUCAGACGCCAACCGCCGCCGCCACCGCCCGUCCUCGUCCAGAAUGAACCCGAGUACGAGGUCGAGUCCGUGCUUGCACACCGCCGUCGUCAGAAUGGCACCGUGGAGCUUCUCAUCCGUUGGAAGGGUUAUGAUCCUUCUGAGGACAGCUGGGUACAUGAGUCCGACAUGGGUAACGCCCGUCGUCCUCUGCAUGACUACCUUGCGUAGCAUGGCGUCCGCCAUUGCGCAACCUCAAC